AUGAAGCUGGUGGAGAUCGUGGAGGCAUCCUCCGGUGAGCUGGACGUGGCCAGGUACGUCUUCUUCGCACGCGACCUUUCCUGCGGGGAGAUCUCCGCCUUCGACGGUACGAGGAGGGACCUCUUCGAGGUCCGGCGCGUGGUGGAGCUCCGGUACGAGGCCUACGUCCCCAUGCCCCUCCGGCAGCUCCACCAGGUCUACGCGGCGGCGAGAUCCCGCUGGGCGGUGGAGCGGCUGGCAGUGGUGCACCGCCUCGGCGGGGUUGCGGUGGCGGAGGCGAGCGUGUUCGUGACGCCGUCCUCUGUUCACCGGGCGGAGCCGCUGGCGGCGUGCGAGUUCCUCAUCGAAGAUGUGAAGGCGUCGGUGCCCAUCUGGAAGGAGAACCGCGAGUACCUCGAUCGCCGGGGGCCGUCUCCGGGCGGCGGGAGCGGAAGGAGGAUGAGGAAGAGAAGAAGAAGAGGGGAUGCUGCGCGCACAAGGUGA